GGAAGGAACAUCGUCGGGACCGAAGAGAUGCCGAACCUCCGACGCCGACGCCGACACCCGACACCUCAAGAAAUUGAUCUCACGAACCAGAAAUUGAUCUCACGAAGCAAACCACCACCAUCAAUACAGACAUACAGACAUACAGACAGACAGACAUACGUACAUACACACACACAUACACACACACAUACAUACAUAGUAUACACCACCACUUGUAGCCGUGUGCAAUCGUUUUAUCAAUACGGGAUACCAUCCAACUCAGACUGCCCUUAAUUCUUCCUAUAUAUAUCACUCGAUAUUACCCCAAAGGAGCAUUUGUAUGAUUUGGAAGACUUCAUUCACAUCGACGUGUUUGGUUCGAUCACGUAUUUGUCCACGGGAAAGGCAAGAAAAGUCAGCAGGAAAAGGGUUUAUUUAUAGUUUUGCUCCAAACUCCCGACGGUUCCGAAUCUCCGGCCAUUGGAUGCAUUUGGACAGAUGUGGUAGGGACAUACGCAUGCAAUACGAGUCAAGUCAUUCAAGUGCAUCGUCAACUCACGACCCCUUCAUCACAUCAAUCAUCCCCUCAUAGGUUCCGGACACGGUGACUUUGAUCUUCAUAUCAGUAUGGAACCAACUCCUCUACCUCCCGGUUCGGCUAUACCAACACCCCCAGCUCCACCGAUUCAUCAGAAGAUAACUCGUGGCCAUUCGUGCAUUCUCUGUCAACAGAGAAAAGUACGAUGCGACCGGCAAAAACCCCAAUGUUCAAACUGUGUCAAAGCACACGCUGAGUGUAUUCCAAGUACACCCGCUGCUCCACGUCGAAGAAGACGGAAACUGAGCGAACUGGACGUUGCAGCAAGAUUGAGGAAAUAUGAACAUUUAUUGAGAGUCAAUGGAAUUCGCAUCGAGGACGAUGGUGUUACGGGUGGUGUUGGAAGUGCAAAUGCAAGUGGCACUGAAGACGGAAAUGCCGAUGAAUCAAUUUCAAGUCGCCAAGAAAAGACACCCAAUCCUAAUCCACAAAACCUUCCAAUGACCAAUAAGGGGAAAGAUCCAGCUACUCCUACUACUACUACUACUACAGCAACCGGGACCGAAAAUAACGAUAAUCAAAACGGUCCACAUAAACAUCGAUGUAAGCAUGAUUUUCAUGAACAUGGGCAUCAUCGUUCUAUGGGUUUUGGUCGUGGUUCUAAAGCUGGGAGAGGCCAGCUGUACUCUAAACAUGGUAACUCUCGUUACAUAGAAAAUACUGUUUGGGAGAACCUCAGCAAUGAACUACAAGAUCCAAAAGAAGCAUUUCAAGUCUCAUCGGAAGAAGAUGAUAGCAAUGACAAUCCUCUUUUCCCAGAGGAAUCAACUAUUCUACUUGGAAACUUGAUUAGUUCAAAAAGAAAUCUCAGAAGUCUUCAUCCACAACCUGUUACGAUCUUUAGGUUAUGGCAAAUUUUUCUGACCAAUGUAAACCCAUUGAUCAAACUUUUUCAUGCUCCUACAGUCCAAGAGAUGAUUUUAGAAGCAACAUCAGAUAUGGAUCACAUUCCAAAGCCUACAGAAGCCUUAAUGUUCGUUAUAUAUCUCCUAUCCAUUGGCUCACUCAAAGAAGAUGAAUGUGAAAGUACAUUCAAUGAACCAAGAUCACUACUUUUAUCGAGAUACUCUCAUGCCACACAACAAGCUCUUAUUAAUGUCAAAUAUAUUAAAUCUCUCAAUUUGACUUCUUUGCAAGCUUACUGUUUAUUUCUUCUUGCAGCUCGUAAGCAUUAUGAUGCUCAUGCAUUUUGGAUCUUGACAGGUUCUGCCGUUCGAAUCGGUCAAAGAUUAGGUAUUCAUCGUGACGGAUCUUCUCACAGUUUAUCUCCUUUUGACACGGAAAUGAGAAGAAGAGUUUGGUGGCAGAUUGUCUUCCUUGAUGGUUUCGCUGCAAAAUUAUGUGGAGCAGGAUUUCCCGCUUGGCUCGCAAAAUUCGAUACGAAAUUACCAUUGAAUGUUAGUGAUAGCGAUCUUACCCCCGACAUGAUAGAACCUCCACCCGAGCGCGCAGGUGCAACUGAAAUGCUUUUCUGUUGUAUUCGAUACGAAGUUUCACAAGCCAUACGAAAGGCUAAUAGCUUUGGCAAUGGAGGACGUGGCCAUGGUCAUGGUCAUGGCGGUGGGGGCCGUGGUGGACAUAGGGGAGGCGGUCAUCACGGAGGUGGCCAUCAUGGAGGUGGCCAUCAUGGAGGUGGUCAUCAUGGAGGUGGUCAUCAUGGUGGAGGUCCUUCAGAUACUCCUCCUGGUUUCAAUGUCAUUGCCGAAAAGGAUAAAACUAUUGAUGAAUUGGAAGCAAGACUUCAGGAUAAGUACUUGCAAUACUGCGAUCCAUCGAUACCUUUACAUUUAUUAUCGAUAUAUGUCGCAAAAUCUGUCAUUUGUACAAUGAGGUUAAUGGCUCACCAUCCAAGACAAUAUCCCGAUAAAGGUGCAAGUAUGCCACAGAAAGAAAGAGAUAUGCUCUUCAAUGAAUCAUUGAAGAUGCUUGAAUAUGAUGGUCUAGGUCAUUCCGAAAAGCUUGUCCAAAGAUAUCUGUGGCAUAUUCAUGUUCAUUUUCAAUUGGACGCAUUUAUAUACUUGCUCAGCGAACUUCGACGUAGGGAAAGGGGAGAAUUAGUUGACAAAGCAUGGCAACAAGUCGAACUUGCAUAUGAAUUUCGUGCAGAAAUGCUAAACGAUACUAAAAGUAGUUUAUACUUUGCCUUGGGUAAUUUGGUACUCAAAGCUUGGGAGAAAAGAGAAGAAGGUAGUCGCUCACCAGAUCAAGUUACUCCGCCAAGAUUUAUAUCAAUCUUAAGAUCCCAAAGACAAAAGCACGAUCAAGUUCAAAGAUCUAUAGAGCAACAUGAUGAUAUUUCGGAUCCAUUCAGAACAGUUAAUCACUGGCAAAUGCCAGCUACAGCCGAAUCUUACGUUAGACAAAAGCCACCUGAUUACAUACCACCACCACAACCAUCACAGCCAGGACCUUCAAUGCAUAUGCCAAUGCAAAUGCCUCAAGAACAACCAUGGCUCGCGUCGGAUUCUUUCCUGGAUACUUCAAUGCCUGAUAUCACUCCUAUGGAUUGGGAAUAUUGGCAAACAUUAUUGGAUGGAGAUCUUCCUGCUUAUACUGGCCAGCCUGGUAAUAACUAUGAUCAGAAUUGGUAAAUAUACUAUGAUGUAUAUAGAUAGUAAUCAGGAAUUUAGAAUAAUUCAGCGGUUGCAUGUAACUUCUGCUUACUCAAGUCUUUUUGUACAUGUGCCUGAAUCUCGACAAAUCAGCUUGAGAUAUUUGCAGCAUAAUGCUGACAGCAUUAGUUUACUGCAAUGUAACUAACGUACUCGAUCUAUCGGUUCGCAUUUUAUCAUCUGAAGGGGCUGAACUGUGAUGAAUGAAUAAUUUAAAUCUGUGCA